UGCACUUGAAUUAUUAUUUAGUGAUGACUCCUCACCCCUAUAUAUAAUCUGUUGCUGCAAUUUUCCAAGUUAGUUGAUAUAAGUAGCUUUCCCGCCUUUUGCUACGAUAAAUCAUGAUUAGAAUUUUAAGCUUUGUUUUAACCGUGGGAGCUGUGAUAGGUGCAUCACAGGGGCAGAAGCUGCCAGUGCUAAAGGAGUUGCCGGCUGAGAUCCUUUUCAGGGUGGGUGGUAAUUCAGAGUUGGUGUUAGACUGUACUACCGUUGACAAAGAAGCUGGUAUAAAAUACUCAUGGCUAAAAAACGGCAAACCUUUAACUCCGAACGCUGACGUCAUACAAAGUUCCAACGACGGAACAUUAAUAUUCAAAAAGCCCGCCAAAUCCGACGAGGGCCAAUACCAAUGUUUGGCCCAAACCGACCUUGGCACAGCCAGCUCUAGAACUGUCAAUGUCAAACGAACUUAUAUUGACGUUCCGAAAGUUGACUUAAAAAAACACAAACCAAACGAAGGAAACAUCUUCAAAUUGGAUUGUAGCAUCCCCAAUUCAUAUCCCAAACCGGAGAUCGUAUGGCUGUACCAAUACCUGUCCGAUGCUAGCAUAUCCCGUACCAUUAUAAAUCAGCGGAUAACAACAUCCCCCGACGGUGAUUUAUACUUCACUAGCGUAACCAAAGAAGAUGCGAGUCCAGUACACAAAUACGUUUGUACUGCGAAGUCACCGGCUGUUGAUGACUAUGUGGUUUUGGCGGAACACGUGAUCGAAGACGUUGUCAGCGGUGAGGCCAAACAAUCGGAGUUGGUUAAGCAAUACGUCAGCGGUGAUAUGACAGCCAAAGUUGGCGAUGUUACUAUGAUAUAUUGCAUCUACGGUGGAACUCCCCUCGCCCACCCGGAAUGGUAUAAAGAUGGAAGGAACGUCAACGGUGAUCCCAAGGAUCGUGUGACGAGGUACAAUAGAAGCGCGGGAAAACGUCUCCUGAUCAAGGAGACCUGGAUCUCGGAUCAGGGCGAAUACACUUGCAUCGUUGACAACGAAGUCGCCAAGACGCAGAAGAACACCAUCAGGCUUACCGUUGUCAGUGCCCCAAAAUUCGUGAGGGAACGUCAACCGACAUUGAUCGUAAAAGCCGGAGAGGAUGUCACUAUUGCCUGUCAAGCGGCCGGUGUUCCCGCCCCCGAACUGUCAUGGACGUACAACGCGCAGACCUUACCUCCGGGUGACAGAAUAACACUCAACAAAUCUUCAAGAGGGAACACGACAGUCGCUGAUCUGACCAUUAAGAACGUGCUGAUAGAAGACAAAGGAUAUUACGGAUGCAAGGGAAUCAACGAUAAUGGUAAAAUAUACGCGGAGACGUUAGUUUACGUUCAGUAAUUUUUAUUAUUAAUCAUAUAUAAUUUUUGUAUUUAACAUUAUAAUAAAUUAAUAUAAUAUUAUUUAAAACUUU